CCGCGAGGACGGACGGGGGGCUCCGCGGCGGGGCGAAGCGAAGGGAGCGCCGGCGAGGAGGAGCGGGCUCAGGGAGGCGGAGGAGCCGGUCGCGCCGCUUUUGCAGACUUUCUCCCAGCCGGGAGCGAAGAGCAGGCAGGCAAACUCCGGACUCCCAUCUCUCCCGCUGUCCGCUACCUCGCCCGGCGUCCGGUCCGGACCCGGGAGACGCUCUUGCUAUGCUCAGAGGGGAUCCCGCCGCCGCCAUGCGCCGGGCGCUGCGGUGGCUGCUGCUGCUGGCGGGGCUGCUGGGCUCGCCGCCCUGCGGAGGAGUUGCCGCUGAUCCUUCACCGACUCCUUCAGCCAGCCUGACUGUCGCCAUCGUUUCCACUCCCCACGUAACAUCGCACCCCGUGACCACUUCGGGUCUCACUUCAGCACUGGGGGGGCCAACUAGCAAACCUUCAGCCUUGCCAACCUCCGCCACUUCUCCAGUUGCGGUGGUACCAUCCAAGGCACCCACCACGGGGGCUACAGUCAAAACCACCACCUCUCCUUUGCCCACGAAGCCUGGAAACACUACCACCCCCGUCGCUGUCGUCGCUGCAAACACAACGGCCUCACGGACGCCACCGUCGACUCCGGCAUUGCCUACCAUCCAUCCCACUUCUUCGCGAGAGGUUGCUAAGAAAGACUUCGCCUCCACCAGCGGGCUGACAACGGUGACCCUUUCUCCCUCCCGGCCUUCCUCCACAAGGCCGGUUGGAUCCGGAUCCACAGCGAAAAGCCCGGAGCCUCCCCCGAUUCCUGCAAAGACUUCGGCCGUGCCUGGGGUUGUCAGCGGCCCUACAAUCUUAGCAACUGUCACAACUGCAAAAAAUGGGAUGAGCAAAGAUACAUUUUCGUUGUCGCUCACCUCGCCCAAAACCGCGAUGCCCAAACUGGCAGGUUCUCCCAGAAGCUCCACGGUUCCUUCCUCAAGUAGCGGCUUUUCGGCUCGCCCCCCGUUGAAGACGAUGCCUUUGUCUCCGGGGACCACAGCUCCUCAGGACUCUCCUGUCCCCUCUGCUUCUAGCCAGACGAACCUGAGUUCGGUGCAGGGCCAGACUAAGAUUGUUUGCGAGAAUAAAAUGCCCCCGAAGGAGAAGGCAAUAAUACUCUCCUUAAAUGAAUCACGGCCUUGUAACAGUUUGGAGGGAAGCCCGUUGAAAGAGGUGCUUAUGGAGGUGCUUUGCAAAACGUUGAAGCCCAACUACAACCAGAAGCGAGAUGACUGUACAAUUUUGCUAGCUUCGGACACGGAGGAUCUGAAGAGAGUAGCUGUGAUCAAAGCAUCCGUGCAAACACACUUUGUGGAUGAGGAAUUAUCCGAAGCUCUGGCUGCGAAGAAGGCAGAACUGGAGAAGUUUGGCGUUAACAACAUCACCUAUGGUGGGCAAACCCUGGACGCUGAGCCCAAAGAUCAUCUGAGUCUUCCUCUGAUUAUCACCAUCAUCUGCAUGGCGGCCUCUCUGCUCCUGGUAGCUGCCAUCUAUGGCUGCUGUCACCAACGUAUUUCUCAGAGGAAGGACCAGCAGCGCCUGACAGAAGAGCUGCACACCGUCGAGAACGGUUACCACGACAACCCCACGCUGGAAGUGAUGGAGACGUCGUCCGAAAUGCAGGAGAAGAAGGUGAAUCUGAAUGGGGAGGUGGGAGACAGCUGGAUCGUGCCCAUGGACAGCCUCACCAAGGACGAACUGGACGAGGAAGAAGACACCCAUUUAUAAGCGGGCGGGGUUUGCGUGUUUGUGUGUGCGUGUGUGUUGCUCUGGGUGUUUUGUUUUGUUUU